AUGAUCGAGAAUUCAUUGGUUUCGUCUACUCAAUCUGCUGAGCUUUCUACAGCAGCCGCUAGUAGUGUCCUCUCUUCUGAAGUAUUAUCUGAGCAAUUAUCGUCAUCAUCUAUUGUCCCAGCGAUAUCGUCAUCUCUGGCGUCACAGCCUGAGAUUUCCUCUACCAUUGAAGAACUUUCCACUGUUGUUACAAUUAUUCCUUCCUCAUCCACACUCUCUAGACUUGAAAGUUCAUCUGAGCUUGCUGCUAGUACAAGUUCUGUUGCAUUGCCUUCUGGAUCCUUAUCUGGUAGUUUAUCUCAGCUGCCAACAACGGCAAAUGAGGAAAUUUCUGCCAGCUCUACGGCCUUUGGAAUCAGCAGUACAUCUGGUAGUAGCAUCCCCAUUUCUGAAAAUCUUGGCUCGGGCACUUCCCUCGAAUUCUCAGCUUCAGAAACAUCCAUAUCUGCCUUUCCAACCUCUUUGACAUCGAAUAUUGGUACUGAAAGCUCGAGUCUUGUAAUAAUUUCAAGCACGGUAAUUUUGACGGUAGAAACACAGACAUCUGAACCUAUUUUCACCUCUACUGCUUCUUUAGAAAGCAAAUUGGCUUUGGAAACAUCCAUCGAAGGCUCAUCAUCAAUUGCUGAGCUUACUUCUACUUUAGGUGGUGCUUUGACAAGUACCCUCGGAUCUCAAGUCAUAUCUUCGACAGAAUUGCUACUGUCCCCAUCGAGCUCUCCCCAAACAGCUCCCAGCUCUGAGGUAUCAAAUGUUACCACGGAACAGACUCUUUCUGCCACAGAAAACCCUGAAACUAUUUCGAGUACGCAGAUCGAGAUUUCUUCAAUUCCUGGUCUCAUUUCCAGCACUGAACUGGCAUCUUCGGGUAGCCAGACAAUUUCUGAGGCUCCAUCAUCGACACAGGAUAUUUCAUCGCUGGGAAUAUCAACCGAGCCAGCUGAAUCUUCGACAGGAAUUCCCAGCUCUCAAAUUGCUCAAAUUUCCUCAUCACUUCCAGGAGGUCUUUCUUCAACAGUGACAGCUGAGCCUUCUCAGUCAGUUAUAUCUUCCAACUUGGCCGAAACCGUAUCGUCUGAGAUCCUAAGUGCAAGCGCAACAAUCACAAGUCUUGAGACUACCGUUAUUUUGACUGUGAUUACGACCUCUGCAUCUGAUUCCAUUUCUGAAUCUGCAUCAAUUACUCCUUCAUCCACGGCUGAUAUUUUGAGUUCGACCCUACCAAGUCUUUCAGCUUCGGCUUCAGCGUCUCAGAUAAAUUCAUUGUCACAAACUGAUUUUGCCCUUUCAAGCUCGAGAAUAGCCACAGUCUCGAGUUCUGAGUUCAAUCCACAGGGCACAGCUUCGUCAGCAAUACUCAGUUCGUCUGAGCAACUUUUAGGCACAUACCUUCCAAGUGCCUCUCAGACAAAUCUUGAAGAGACCACAUCUUUAAGCAAUGCUCUUUCAAGUACCUUAUCACCAGAGUCCUCCUCUACUAUCGAGCCGCUCUCAUCUGCCAGUGUAUCUGAAGCCAGUAUACCUCCCGUCAGUAAUGCAGUCUUUGAAAGUGCUAGUUCAAGUGCCGCCCUGGAGACCUCGUCACCAGCUUCUGAAUCACAAAUUCUGAGCACGGCGUCAAUAUCUGCAUCGCAAUCUGACGUCAGCUUUGUCACCUCGUCAUUCCAAAGCCUAGCAACCGAGGUAUCAUCCACAUUAUCAAGCUCUGAGCUCCCCAGCAGUACGAUUUUCACUUCAAGUGACUUAACUUCUUCCGCAGUGCCUAGUGCAUCUGCAGGCGCCACAGCACCAUUUGCUCACAUGGGCUGUUCUACAAACACAACAGGCACUCUAGAUAGCCCCACAACAUACUCAUCUGACAUGACUCCAGCUAUCUGCUCAACUAUCUGUGCUGAGUAUGAAUUCUAUGCAGUUGAAAGUGGAGUUAAAUGUGUUUGUGGCAAUAAUGUUGAGUCAGGUGGUGUCUUGCCAGGCUCAAGCUGCAAUGCCACUUGCGGUGAUGGAGAUGGUACUUCUUCUUGUUCAUCGACAUCUGCUUCUCCUAGUGCCCCUGCCUCCACAUUGAUAACACUACUAAGGCCUAGGAAGCUCGCAGCUACGGGCAGAUACUUUAGGAGGUGGUGA